CGCCUUCUUUUGCAGUGUCAAACGAUCUCUGGUCUGUGAAAUAUACUCCUGAUUUACAGAGAGAAGGAUUUACAAUCCAGACUGCGAGACUCGAACCGAACAGCCAUGGCAGAGCUAACUCAUAUGAUAGACAGCGAGGUGUUCCUGGCCUUCUCUACCUACGCCACUAUCAUCGUCCUCAAGAUGAUGCUGAUGUCUCCCAUGACUGCAUACUUCCGCUUCACGAGAAAGGCAUUUGCUAACCAGGAGGACACCAGUCUGGCCUCCUCGACAGAGGACAAGAAGAAGCUGGUCAGGGUGGAUCCUGAUGUGGAGAGAGUACGAAGAUGCCACCAGAACGACCUGGAGAACAUCAUCCCGUUCGUAGUGAUUGGUCUGCUGUAUGCCCUGACGGGGCCCGACCUCUCCACUGCUCUGCUUCACUUCCGGGUGUUUGUUGUUUCCAGGCUCUUCCACACGGUGGCCUACGUCCUCCCUCUGCCCCAACCCAGCAGAGCUGUGACCUUCCUCAUCGGACUGGUCACCACCAGCUCUAUGGCCUCUAGGGUUCUGAUUACUGCGCUUUAUCUGUAGAGGCCUGAGGGACACACACACACACACACACACACACACACACACACACACACACACACACACACACACACACACACACACACACACACACACACACACACACACACACACACACACACACACACACACACACACACACACACACCACUACAAGGGCCUUGUCUUUGAGGGUCUCCAUUGAAUGUGCUUGAGGAUACAUUUACGUUUAUCAAAGUUGUUCCUUCCGUGUCUGAUUGGAUUAUAACAUGCUGUUACUGCAGUACAUAUCAGAAUGUUACUGACAGUACAUAUCAGAAUGUUACUGACAGUACAUAUCAGAAUGUUACUGCAGUACAUAUCAGAAUGUUACUGGCAUUACAUAUCAGAAUGUUACUGACAGUACAUAUCAGAAUGUUACUGACAGUACAUAUCAGAAUGUUACUGCAGUACAUAUCAGAAUGUUACUGCAGUACAUAUCAGAAUGUUACUGCAGUACAUAUCAGAAUGUUACUGACAGUACAUAUCAGAAUGUUACCGCAGUACAUAUCAGAAUGUUACCGCAGUACAUAUCAGAAUGUUACUGCAGUACAUAUCAGAAUGUUACUGCAGUACAUAUCACAAUGUUACCGCAGUACAUAUCACAAUGUUACCGCAGUACAUAUCACAAUGUUACUGCAGUACAUAUCAGAAUGUUACUGCAGUACAUAUCAGAAUGUUACUGACAGUACAUAUCAGAAUGUUACUGCAGUACAUAUCAGAAUGUUACUGACAGUACAUAUCAGAAUGUUACUGCAGUACAUAUCAGAAUGUUACAGCAGUACAUAUAAGAAUGUUACUGCAGUACAUAUCAGAAUGUUACUGCAGUACAUAUCAGAAUGUUACUGCAGUACAUAUCAGAAUGUUACUGACAGUACAUAUCAGAAUGUUACCGCAGUACAUAUCAGAAUGUUACCGCAGUACAUAUCACAAUGUUACCGCAGUACAUAUCAGAAUGUCCCUUCCGUGUCUGAUAGGAUUAUAACAUGCUGUUACUGCAGUACAUAUCACAAUGUUACUGCAGUACAUAUCAGAAUGUUACUGCAGUACAUAUCAGAAUGUUACUGACAGUACAUAUCAGAAUGUUACUGCAGUACAUAUCACAAUGUUACUGCAGUACAUAUCAGAAUGUUAUUGCAGUACAUAUCAGAAUGUUACUGACAUUACAACAGUUUCCACUAGAAAUUGGAGGCCACUCAGGGACAAUCUAAACUUGAUGAGUAAUGCCGUUCCCUCUAACAGUCGUCCCAGAAUCAAGCCUCUGUUGAGUCUCAUUCUCUAUUAGCAGCAACAGGAUGUUGAGGCCAGUCAGUUCAGAAAAUAAAAUUUCAAGAGUUUAAUUUGAUUCA